AUGGAUCCCAUCCCAGGACCGCUGGGGUUCCUCACGUCGGGUUACUUCUUUGGACUCUUCGUCAUGGCCAUCGUUCUCAACCGUAUUCAGAACAUCGUCGUUCCUCCCCGGAGCAGCCUAGCCAUGCGCAUUCAUGCUGCCCGAGUGCGCCGUGAUCGAUGGGCGCUCUACCGUAUGUUCAUCGGCGUCAUCUUGCCAAUAGAUCUAUCCUCUACAAGAUCUCGUGCUCUCUUUCGCAUCCCGUCCGUGUAUGUACUUGCAAAGUCGCUCCUAAUCUGGAUCGUUCUGCUUCUCCAAGCAUCCCACCUCUUCCCAACAUGGAAGUGGGACUGGUUGCAGUCGCUCGGUUCCUGGGUAUCACAGAAACAAAUGGAAGACAUAUGUUGGUUCACUUUCACUUCCACGUGUGUGGCACUUGCGGUAGGUGCAUUCACCAACGGACUCGAAGGGCUUCACUUCAACAACAAUGCUCCGUUCAAUCUGUUUUCGUUUGCAUUCCAAUUGCAUAUCUACGCGUCACCGUCAACCCAUGCCGACAAAGUUCCCGGCUCACCUUCCAGGCCCAGUAAGCAUGUAAUCAUCACCAUCCUCCUUCCACUUCUGCAGCUUACCUGGCUGCACUGCUUCGAAGCACACCCGCGCACUGCACGCAAGCGUCUUCUGCCGACCACUGUCUGCUCCAUUCUCACCCUCGUGCACUUCCACACCAUCUUCUGGCGUGCGUCUACGGAGUACCCGCUCACCAACCUCUUCCCGUGCGCCGUCGAGUCCCUCCUCUUAGGCAUAGUCCUACUCGCCGUCGGGCUUUCCGCCGCGUCACAGCUCCUCGCCGAGGGAGCGCUCGUGCGUCCGCUCCUUGGACACGCGGGCGCGCUGCAGCCACGGCCCGAGGAGGACUUUGCCACGGCACUGGUCCGGAUGGCGACUGCCGCGCUCGAGGCGACGCGCGUGGAGGGGCUGGGCAACGAGGUCGGCUCUGUGACAAGCGCGAGGGCUGCUGUCGCGCACCUCGCGGAGGAGGCCGCGGUUGAGUUGGAUCGUGGCGGCGCGGCGAUUGUGGCGGGCGGCGGGCGGGGAUUUGCGAACGAGGUUCGGCACGUGAAGGCGCGCACAGUGCGCGGCGGUGAUUCGUGGUCAGAAUUUGUCACCGGCACGGGCUGGCUGCGAAGCCUGGGCUGGUUCCUCCUCGCUGCUAUGCGCCUGGGCGCGCGGUUGGGCAGGCAGGCGUGGCGGCGCAUACGCGAUCGGGGAGCGCCGGCGCGUGCCCAGCCUGCUGUACGUGUGGUGCCCGCUGUGCACAUGUACCAAGACGAACCCGACACGGACGACGAUGAUGCUGACUUGUACCGCCGCUUCCUCCGUGGGGACCUGUUGAACGACGAGGACGACGGGGAGUACCAGCCACCGCCGGACGCGCGGUUUACAACGCCCUUCGACGAUGAGGAUGGCGAAGGGGAUGAGCGGGCUGAGCUGUACGCAGACCUGGAGGAGGCCGACGUUGCGCCUGUGUUGCUCGCGCACAUGACGUCGGAGGGGCCGCUAACGCGUCGUCGGUUCGGAGGGCUUGUUGCCGGUGCGAGGGCAGGGCCGGAUAUGAGCCAGGGACGUGUUGAGGACGAUGAACGGCACGUGGAUAGAGCGCAUGAAGAGGAUCCGGACGUGGAGAGGCGGCGAAAUUGCGUGAUUUGCACGGUGGAGCCAAGGGAAAUCAUUUGCUGGCCAUGUCGAUGUCUUGCGCUGUGCGACGACUGUCGAGCAAACCUUGCGUCUCGGUCGGCGGCGUCAAAGCAUACAUGCCCUUGUUGUCGGCGCAGUGUGGAAGGGUAUUCGAGAAUCUACAUCCCUUAG